CCACUUCCUCGACGACUCGUCUGGCGACGAAGACCCCUACCGCGCCCAGCCCACCCUCUCCUCCACCGCGCCUCAGUUCGCCCCGAUCCAGCCCCGCCGCCAUGGCCGCAUGACCUCGGACGUCUCGCCCUCGCGGCGCAGGCCGUACGGCGGCCGCCUGCGCAGCAACUCGGGCGUCGACAUCAAAGCCAUCAACGCGCGGCUCGAGCGCUGGGCUGACGAAAUCGCCUCCAAGUUCAAGCGGCGCCGGGUGCGCGGCAAGACGCAGGAGGAGGAGCAGCUGGAGAUACACCACUCGGUCUUUCAGGCCCCGGACUGGAUUAGGCCUGCCACGGCGGAGCAGCUGGCCGAGUACGACAGCGCACAGGGCGACCGGCUCACCAAGCUGCAAUUCGACGACAUAGUCGAGAGCAUUAGGGUUGCCAUCGAGCUGGGUACCCACCCCAAGAUGAUAUCGCAGGGCAGCUCCGGCAGCUACUUUGCGCGCAACGCCAAUGGCAAGGUCGUCGGUGUCUUUAAGCCCAAGGACGAGGAGCCUUACGCCUCGAGGAAUCCCAAAUGGACCAAAUGGAUACACCGCAACCUGUUCCCCUUCUUCUUCGGCAGAGCAUGCCUGAUACCCAAUUUGAGUUACGUGUCGGAGGCCGCUGCUUACGUCCUGGACGCCCAGCUGCGACUGAACAUUGUUCCCUACACCGACAUUGUCUCAUUCUCCUCCAAGUCUUUCUACUACGAUUUUUGGGACCGCCGGGCGUUUUACAGGAAGAAGAAGCCUCUGCCUGAAAAGAUUGGCAGUCUUCAGGUCUUCCUGAAAGGAUACAAGGAUGCCACCCAGUUUUUGAAGGAACACCCUUGGCCGGACCAGCACAACGGUGGCUUCAAGGCGGACCCCGCGCGAAGACGCAGAAAAAGGCGAUGGGUGGAGGAUUGCAGGCCGAGUGGCCCCGCUUCUGACGACGAAGACGAAGACUACCGGCCAAGCACCGCGGAAGAAGCCAACAACAGGCGUGAUUUUUGGACGGAGCCUUUGCAACAAUCGUUCCGCGAGCAGUUGGAGAAGCUGGUAAUAUUGGACUAUAUUAUGCGGAAUACGGACAGAGGCCUGGACAACUGGAUGAUCAGGAUCGACAAGCAGACAGAGGAAGCUAGCAUUGUCGCGGAGGCACCCAAGCAUGAUGGCAUAACGAGAGACGAACCAUACAAGCGCCGGGAGCAGAUGGUCGCGACUAGCCGGUCUGGGACGCCGGCGAACAGCAAGAACAACAAGGACGGGCCUAGCGUGUCGCUGGGUGCCAUCGACAACAGUUUGUCAUGGCCCUGGAAGCAUCCUGAUGCCUGGCGAAGCUACCCUUUUGGCUGGCUUUUCCUCCCUGUUUCCCUUAUCGGCCAACCCUUUUCCGAAAACACACGACGCCACUUCUUGCCGUUGCUUACUUCCAAGCAAUGGUGGGGCGAUACGCAACUUGCGUUGCGCAAUUGCUUCAGCCAAGAUGCCGAUUUCAAAGAGCGCAUGUUUGCGCGCCAAAUGGCUGUCAUGAAAGGUCAAGCGUGGAACGUUGUUGAAACGCUCAAGACUCCUGAUCACGGCCCGCUGGAGUUGACUCGGCGUGCUCGAGUCUGCGUCUGGGACGACCUUGUCGACAUUCCCGUCGCGGUACCACUGCAGCGGCCGAGCAUGGAGAUGCGCAAGCACGAGGAUGUUCUGCGGGCACGGGAGCAGCAGGAAGAAAUGGACAUCAGUUCGGCGCUGGCCAGCUCGGCGCCUAACACGCCGCAGCACUACGACCUUCUGGGGCUCGGCGAGUCGCCGGCGGGCGGCAACCGCUUCAACAUAUCGAGGCAGCUGGACGCACGGUCCGACGCCGACGCAGCGUCGCUGCGGUCGGUGCACUCUCCGCGCAUCCCGCCCGCCAAGACUCGUAUGAGCUACGACGGCCCGCCUCGUCUGCUGCGCGCUGCCAGCCCGAAGGGCCGGCGUCGCAACUUCAGCUUCAGCGUUCGCGGCAACAACGGCGUCGACAUAGCAGAGGCCGAUGCCGAGGGCGAUCUGGGCUAUGCGGCGGCAGAGGAUAUGGAGGACCACAGGAAGAAGGUCAUUGUCGAAAGGCUUGAGACGGUCAAGAGCAAGAACCCGGUGUUCACCUGGUGUUGAGCGAAGACGGGAUGGGGAUGGGAGGAAUCAUGCUGCUGUUUUUACUUUUGGUAUCGCACGGAGGUGUUUUAUGUCUGCCUGUUUGUGCCAACGCUUUGAUGAAAGACGGUAUAUUUGGUGCCGGAUGGAAAUGAUGAGCGGGGAGGCGUUUCUUAUAGUGUCGAUGAUUCGGUUGUAUACCUUUGAGGCAGGGGAUAUGAGCCAAAAAACUGAAUAUGAAUGCACGGAGGUGAUGGGGUCAAGGUUUGCCGGGAGUAUUUUUUUAUCAUCGCGGCUGUUUUAUCGCGACUGCUUUACUAUACAGAGCAUCAAGCAGUGAGCAGCAUGAUCGAGUGCACGCAGCAAAAUGUGGCG